AUGGCAUCCCCCAUUUUUAUGUCAAAGCCCCCUCCAGGGUUCUCCAUUCUUGCCAUAGUAAGGGGUAUACAGUUGGGAUUGUUGGGAGCCUAUAGAACGCUUCAGAAUCCGGAUCUAUUCAAAUCUAAGUUUUAUCUGAGAGCGAUUAGUGCGAUAAAGAUUUCAAUCUUGAUUCAAAUUGCAAUCAACGCUCCUGUUUUCUUGUUAAAGUGGUUUUUAGUUACUGUUAACUUGUUCUUGAAGCAUAAGUGGAAACUUAAUAGUCUCAUAUCAGAUGUCAAUCAUUUUCAAAAACAUGUCCUAAAUAUAAACGUUUUUUUAAUAACGCUAAUUCGAUUUUUUAGGGAUGAUUUAGAUGAAGCAUUCCUUCUGAGCCUAAAAUACACAGAUGAGGUUAGAUUAAAAAAACAUCCGAACGAGCCUGAACAAGCAUAUUACAAAGGCUUAGUGGAGUUGCCGAAGUAUGAUAACGAAAGGAGCGACUCAAAAGUGAAAAAUCGUUACGUAAGGUUAGUCAAGUCUAAGUUCAAAAAUUCCACUGAGUUCCAAGCGUUUUUGAAAAGAUACUUAACUAACACUUCUAUUAACUUGAUGAUUUACCUCAUAUCAAGGAUGCCAAAGAUCGGAUCUGUUGUCAUGGCAUUGAUAUCGUUUCAAGUCUUUAAUGAUAAAAUAGGAACUGUUCCUUCUUCCAUAUUUAUUUGCUUGCUCAAUGUCCUUCCUAAAUAUUACAAUCGCAUUAUACUCGCUGCUUUUUGGGGUGCAAACAAUACAACUUAUGAUUUAUUGUUACCUUAUUUUAAUAGAGUGAAACUAACUAAAUUCGAGAAGGACCAAUGGGUGAAGUCCAGACAAGGUGUAUUAUUUGGAUUUGGCUUAUGCUAUUAUUUUUUGAUCAACAGAUUUCCAUGGGUCAGCAUAUUAACUUACGGUUUUGCGCAAUCUUCUAGUGCUUAUUUAAUUACUAAGAUCACUGAUCCACCACCUGCGCAAGCUAGCGCGUUGAUCAAUUGGAAUCCUACUCAACUAAUCUGGAAUAAGGAUAAAGAAAAUUAUAUUUUGACAGGAAACUUCUUUAAAACCGACGAGGGAUAUAGGCCCCUUCCGGGAUCUUCUCUCUUUGCUAUUUGA